AAUGUUCUCAUUCCAUGAUAACCAAUAGAUCUGUCAACUGACAAAUACUAUCUUUGCUUGUAGAAAUGAAUUACAAAGAAAAACUAGUGGUAAACGACUUUGUAUUAUAAGGUUGUGAAAUUUAAAUCAUUCAUAAAUGAGACGAUGUCAUUGACUUUAGAAUUUCUUAUUUCAAGUGAUCCAAUAAAAAAUAUUGUUGCCGACACUGUUACAUUACCAACUGCGUGUGGAAAGAAGCAUGUAAUAUUUUUAACCUUCCCAGGUACUUCUCCGCUAUUUUGUGAAGCAUCCACCUACAGCGAUCCAUUAAUAUGUUAUUUUUUGUUGAUUUGAAUGGAUAGCUCAUGAUUAAAAGUAAAAUGCAGUAUCUUUACGAUAUCAAAUCGUGAUGCACUUCUGAAAUUCAUUGGCAGCUGGUUCUAUCAACCCUGUCCACACUUGCUUGAAUGUGUUGCGCCGCUGUCCAAAAUGAUGUGGAAUCUACUUUCUUUUAAACUGAACUAUUGAAUUGCUUAGAACUAUUUCUGAAGGUUAAUGUUAAGAAAAAAUAGGUUUCUAUUGUUUAGAAAUAUUUUCAGAGAUUAGUUGUUUUCUUCGAAUGGCAUGUAAUUAUUAAUUUUUAAAAGGUGCGCUUCUAACCGUUAAAAUACCUUACAUUAAUAUGUAAGAAUUAAUCAUCUGUUCGAUCCGUUGUCGGCUUGAAAUUUAUUAUACUUAUAUAAAUGGACCCAUCGGUUUUUCCUGAAGAAAUCUGGAUAAAAAUUCUAAAAUUUUGUAGUGUGACAGAUAUAUUGUCUUUUGGAUGCAGUUGUAAAUAUCUUAAAAGAAUUGUGGAUACUGAAUAUCUUUGGAAAUUAAAAUGGCAACAAUUGGAAGCUGCAUCACCCUUCCAGUUCCCAGACAGGAGAUUAUUGCAGAAAUUAAGUUUAUGUUUCAAACAGAUGUGCUAUCGUAUGAAUAUGAUUGUGAAUUCGGAUGAUGUAUUUGUUCCGUGCUACCAUUGUGCAAAAUACAUGUGUGGGCAAUCGUGUGUGGAAGAUCAUGGUUCAAGAGUUGUGAUGGAUAUAGGUAACAAAUGGACUUGGAUAGUCACUCCAAAUUUUGGUGUAAGAAGACACUAUUCUAUGUUUGGAAUUCCUAAGCCAAGUUUUGAUGCUGUUGAUUCGUGUUCUGUGAGUGAAACUGGUGGAGACAAAAAUCAAGCAAAUAUUCAGCAACAGAAUUCUCAUGAAACUAGAUCAUUACAUGUGCAAACAAAUGGACCAUUUUGUGUAUUCUGUAACCCUGUGAAACUCUAUAGGGAGAAGAAACGUGUGUCAUGUGGUGUGUGGGAAAGAAAUGCAAGUUGCAGGAAACCAUCAACAGAAUAUGCAGGUCUUGCAAAUGGAUUUUGUGCAGACACAGUUGAAAUACUUGGAAUUCCAAAUAUGGAUGUUGUUAGUCCAGCAGCCGCUCUUUUAAGUGAUAGCAUGUUUCACGUCGUGAAAGCAUUUGUGGGUCACCUUUUUCAUCAGAUGAGCCUUUCUCCUGUCCUGCUAAAACCAAAUGCCAUUCUCAUGUUUUGUGAACCAUUAGCAAUGUCACAUGCAUUAAGAAUUCAGCUGCUACAUUAUUUAUUUCUGCAUGCCCGGGUCUCCAGGGUGUGUUUAGUUCCAAAGCCAUUGGCUGUAAGUGCCCUAGUGGCCCUUGAAAAUUGCAUAGUAAUAGACAGUGGAGCUUUAAGUACAUCAGUGUCUGUUGUUUUAAAUGGACAGUUGGAGCCUGGACGUUGGCGACAGAUGCCAAUUGGAGGCUGGCAUGUUGCAGAAAACCUAAAACAAGCUAUGCAAUGGCAACCAGAGGAGUAUACAGAAAUCCCUAUAUCAUAUUUGGACACAAUGACUGUGAAGAAGAAGUGUCGAUUGAGUUACAAUUUUGUCAAAGAACAGCAGCAAAGAGGACCUUCAAGAAGAGAAGACAUAAAUUUGCGGGUAGACAGCUAUGCAGACUACAAGCAGUAUUGGAGAGUGUCUUUGGGCGAAGAACUUUUCUUGGCUCCAGAAGUCAUGUACGCUAGCCUUGACUUGCCUCAGAUAAUCAAAGAUAUCACCGAAGGCUUGCCUGAUCAGACAAUAAAAAGUUGCCUUGGGCAUAUAUUAAUUACAGGAGGAAAUACUGAUCUCUCAGGGUUUCGAUUACGGAUCAUGCGUGAUCUCUGUGAGCUGUUUCCUGAAUUCAAAGCCGUGAUAAAUGUUCAAAGCUUACCUGGGUCCAGUAGCUGGAGUGUUGCCAUGGGCUCUACUUACGUUCCUGUUUCUAAAUAUUGUGUAACAGAUCAAGAACAACACAGAUAUAUUCCUGGUACACCAUUUUGGAUGUCAAGAGAAGAAUAUAUUUUAUAUGGUUGUGAAGCAUUGUCAUUUGCCAGUUGAAUGUAAAUUUUGUAUUAUAUGUGAAUAAAAUUUGUCUGUAGAAUUGCUAUAAAUAUUUAAAUAAUUAGGGCUCGGACUUUAAGGUUUUAAAAAAAUCAGAAAAUAUUUAUUUUGUAUGUGCUUAAAAUGUGAAAGAUAUGUGUUAAAAUGACUAAAAUAUUUAUUAACCAUGUGCAAACAAGUAACCAGGAUCAAGAGAAUUCUUGAAGUAAACCAUGACAUCUUCUUUUUUAUUACUCCGCACAUUUCAUCUGUGCAGUCAGAGGAAGUUUGGUAGCUACUCGUGUUAUAAGUAUAUGUUAUCGCCUGCAGUGUCAUUGCAAUGCCCUUCAGACUUUUUGAUAGGCAAUGACUCAGGUUCACUCCACCCAACCGGGAAAGUCUCACAGUAACGCGAUGUGUGACCAACCAUUACAUUCCUGGCAUGUCUUACACUGUAAAUCAUAAAUCUCUAUAAUAUUAAACUUGAAAAUACCCAAAAUAUUCCAUUAUUCAUAAAAUUUAGCAAAAUUUGUAAUAUUUGUUUAUAAGAAAAUAAUUAUUUUUAUGCAACUUAAUCAAAAUAUUUUUUUUAGGUGAUAUGCAAUUUGGUAUAUGGGAACAAUGGGAUGCUACUGGAAUUUCCACUAAACUUUCAAUGCUCAGGAUUAAGGGGAGAAAAAUAUGUAUUUACCUAAAGUCCGAGCCCUAUUAAUCAUGCAAUAUGAGUAAAAACAUUGUGGUGCUUGACAAUACUUGUCGUUUCUGAAAAAAUAUUCAUUUGAUUAUUUCUUAGUUAAAUAAUUAGUGGCAAUAAAUAUUUAUGUG